AUGAUGCUCCUUAAGUUAACAACUAUGAAGGUGUGUCGUUUGUGUGGAAAAGAAAAGCAGCAAGGAACUCACGUUUUUGAAGAUAAAUCUAAAGGCUCAGUGCUUAUUUCUAUUAUCAACAAAUAUCUGUCAAAAGAGGUUAUAAACAUUUCCAUCACUGACGAGUUUUCAAAAUAUGUUUGUAUCGAUUGUGAACAAAAAAUUUGCAUGUUUGAUGAAUUUUGCCUGAUGGUGGCUAAUAUUCAAAAACAAUUAUCGGCUCCAGCUUUGGAAAUCGACUUUGCUGAGGACAUGCUCUGCCAUUUAAAGCAAAGCGAUCUGAAUGAAAAAUCGGCUCAGGAGCAGUUGAACUUAAAUUUACCAAAUAAAAGGAAAUGUAUCUGUAUUGUAUGUGGAAAGGGUUUCAGAUGUCAAGCCCAUUUAGAAAGGCAUAAACGGAUUCACACUGGACAAAGACCUUUCGUUUGUAAUAUUUGUCAAAUGUCUUUCAAUCAACAAGAAAUCUUGACAAAACACAAAGAGUGUCACGAGGGGAAGAAACAGUUCCAGUGUGCGAAUUGCCACCAAUCUUUUCGCUACAAAGUUUCUUUAAAAUCGCACAUGAUAAAUUUCCACACCGAGGUUGAUCAAUCAAUGAUACCUAAUCAAAUGCCCUGCAUGCAGCAACAAUCAUUAGUGUGUUCGGAAUGUGGCAAGAUGUUCGCGACCAGAUAUAAACUGGCACGACACGCGAGAAGUCACACCGGCGAAAGACCCUACCACUGCAACUUCUGCGAUCGGUCCUUCUCUCAAACUGGCAAUCUCAAACUCCAUCAGCUCAAGUGUCAUCAAAUUCCCUGCCCGAUCCUGGAUCCCCAGCAGCAGGACCAGUCGCAAGGAAUCGAGAGUAGCGCCUCCGUGUCUUUAAAUUCCUUCCAGCCAAUGUACAUCUUCGACAGUGAGAUUCAAAAAACAAUCAACGAAACUAUCAAUUCCACAGACGCUGGAUCUUCCUAUCUGAGCAAAUCUUACGAGAAUUCGAUUUAUAUCGACGACGACAUCGAGACGAUGCUAGAUCACGAUCUCAAUCAGCUGGAGCGACAAAAGUACGCAACUUCUUCCCAGGAAGGCCUCACUUCUCAGGAGAAGAUUUCGCUCUGUCUAAAACAACCGGAAACUCCCGAGUUGCUGCACAGUUUACUUUACGACGAUUAAUUAAAUUAGGUAUCUGCCGGCUUCCCCUUUACAAACUAUCAUUCCCUACCGCUCGAUUACGCUCUUUAGUAACGGAGUGUACUUUACAAUCAUUAAUGUGUAAUUACAAUAUCUUAAGAAUACAGGUAAAAUAUUUUAUUUCUUGCUUUGCUUUCACCGACACACGUGAGUAUGCGCCUUGCGUUUGAUUUGAUGCUUUGUAAUAAAAACCAAUAGACUCAAAAGAAAUUUCGGCAAGCAUCCAUAUUUGCAAGUUCGAUAUCACCUACGGCCCCUUAAAAAUAAGCAGUGAUACCUCUACAUAUAAAAAAUAUAACUGUAACGUUGCAACGUAAAAUAUAGUCGACGGCUGUGACUUCUAGAUUCUAAUCACAUGGUUCAUGACUCCCGAUGCAGCUUUUUAACACAAAAUUACCACCAUCGUUCUCUUUUGACAAAGAAACACUUAAAAUACAUUAAAAGAAAAGUUCAAAACUAUACACAAAAUUAAAACCUUCACACGAUUAAACUGAUUAGAACGUAGAACUAAAAAUCAAAUUAUCUCAUCGAUACCUCCAUGUUAGAAGAACCUCUCUCGGAGCGUAAGUCUAAAACGACCACUCUGACAUUCGUCAUCUAAGCGAAACGCUCUCUUUUAUGAGUUGGCCCCUCGUUUUCAUACAUAUAGACGGAUCUAGAUACCAAAUCAAACAGCAGACAGGGUUGGGAAUUGCUACUUUCUGGUUUACUAUAUUAUUCAGAUUAGAAUUAAUUGCAUGAAUUUCAGGGGUUCAAGGAAUUACUGUAAAUAGCGGAAUAUUUCGAAUCUAUACCAUUUCUUAAAUCGGUGAAAUUUCUAGAAUCCCUGUAAUCCCUUAAAUCAGCAAAUUCUUUAAAUUUGUGGAAUUUCUCAAAU